CCCGGAAGUAAAUAGAAACAACAUUUUUAUUGAGAAGAACUGUUUCUAUACUGCAGUCAAAACGGAAAUGCCUGUCACCGUUAUUGUCCCCUCUCACGUGUCUCAUGUGUGACCAUAUGAGGUUGUCUUAAUCCGGAAAAAACACGUCAGCAGCGGUUUUGUCGGCAGAGACGGACCGUGCCGGUGCUCCUCCAGGAUGGCGAGUUUUGGUGAUUUCCACUCUCAGCUGGCAUCCAUCAUGGAGGUGUUAGCUAACGCUGCAGUGGCUGAGAUCUGUCAGCUGGUGGACGACGGUUUUGCGACCCUGAGGCUGGAAAUCUCGCGCAGCCAGAGGGAGAACGUGGUCCUGAGGAGCAGAUUGCGGCUGCUGGAGGUCCGCGCGGGAGAGCGAGAGCCCACCCCCCCGCUGCACGUGCUCACCUGCUCCACGACAGCAGAUCAUCACUUCGGAGAAGACGGUUCUGCCGUUAACAAAAGAAACAUAAAGUCCACUAUCCUGGAGAACACGGACACCCAGCAGUCUCAGCUGGUGGUUGUGGCGGAGCCGCCGGCGGAGCCAGAGGUGGUGGUGAUAAAGAAGGAGAGACUGGAGGAGGAGCUGAGGGACUGCAGUGUGCUGGGGGACCAUCAGACAGCGCCCAGCAUCAGCAGUACACAUUCAGUUGGACCUCAGUGUGUUUCUCUGGCUGCUGAGAGCGUCCGUCCAAUGAGUGUUGAGGCAGAGCUCCCCAGAGUCAGCGUGUUAGCUCGGUAUGAAAAUCAGGACUUUGUCAGACCUAAAGCUCUCCAGCAGGAGGAGAAAGGGGGACUGGAGGAGGCCGGAGCUCAGGGUCGGGACUGUCAUCCAGCGGACCAGAGAGGUCCUGAUCCAAACAGAGGCAGAGAAAUGACCAAAUUAACCAAAGAAUUAAACAAACAUGUUGUGGACUCUCUGUCUGCUGAUGAAGACACGUCUCUGAUAAAGACUCCAGAGCUGUCUCCUCCAAACACUGGAGUGAAGGGUGUGUGUGGUGCUGCGGCAGACUGGAGGGGUGACGCCGUGUUACCUGCAGUCAAACUGGAGGCUGAAGCUUCCUGGUCUGAAGCUCUCUGCACAUUUAACACUUUAGUUUCUGUCCCUCGAGGAGAGUGUGUGAGUAACAGCAGAUUGACUAACACUAGCGGUCAGCACACAGAGAGUGAAGCAGCAGAACUGGACGCUGGCAGCUUGGACUCCUCCUCCUUCGAUGACUUGUUCUCCUCUCCGGAGGUGGCCAGAUCUCUGACGGCCCCUCACAAACACUCCGCAGAUGCAGUCGCAGGCACAGAGGAGCCCCUCUCGUCUUUCCUGUGCAGCGAGAGCAGCUUCGGGAAUUCAUCCAUGUCCAACUCUCUAACCGCCUUCAGUAACGCCUCCUCUGACUCUCGGAGCAGGAGCUUUCCCAGCAGCACAGGGCGAGCAUUCAGCUGCCAGCAGUGCGGCCGCCCCUUCUCCUCCUCCAGAGACCUGCUGGUGCACCAGCGCUCCCACAGCGGGGAGAGAAUCUACCACUGCCACCUCUGUAAGAAGCCCUUUGUCCACCCGCACCAGCUGAAAACUCACCAGCGUGUGCACACUGGAGAGAAACCGUUCAGCUGCUCUCAGUGCGGCAAGCGCUUCUCGCAGUCCAGCCACAUCAAGAGACACAUGAGCGUGCACACGGGCGAGAAGCGCUACAGCUGCAGCCUGUGCGGGAAACGCUUCUCGCAGGCCUGCAGCCUCAAAGUGCACCAGACGGUCCACACGGGAGAGAGACCAUACAGCUGCACCAAGUGUGGCAAGAACUUCUCUGUGCUGGGGAACCUGGUCCGCCACCAGAGCGUCCACAACGCCAAGUGAACACACACACACACGAUCGCAGAGGAGCACACAAAGUGACUCAGAAAUGAACCACAAGUGUUUGUGCAUAUCAAGCCAGCAGGGCUCAUUUUAAAACACUGUGCUGUUGUUAUUUAUACAUGUUCAUGUUUACAAUAAAACAAAGAAAACUGCCUCCAUAUGACUGUCUGAACACAUGAACUUGGUGAACAGAGCGUGUUUGACGCCUCUGUGCUGCACACAGCUGAGACCAGAG